UUAAAAUGGCACUCGGCGACAUCGUCUAAUCCAAUCUUCUGUAUUUAUAGAAUAAUGUACAUUAUUUACUUGAUUUUUGUGUUAAAAUUUGUGCAAGUUAUCACAGAUAACAACGAUAUGGAAGGUAGGGUAGUCAACGGCCAACUCGCGAAAAUUGAAAGACAUCCACAUUCUGUUUUCCUCUUUGUGUUAUUUGACAAACAUGAAGGCACGAUUUGCGGAGGUUCUAUCGUGAACCAGAGGGUAGUUCUCACCGCUGCGCAUUGUUUUGAACAAACUUCACCAUCUGGAAGGAUAACUGCUAACGUGGGGAGCUCCCAUAUAGAAAAAGGGCGUACAAUGUUAGUUACAUCCGUGAUAGUUCACCCUCAAUAUGAUUCGUAUUUAAUUGCUAACGAUAUAGCAUUGGUGGGUUUAAGAGACCCCAUAGUAUUUGGAUUGAAGGCAAAAAGAAUAGUCAUCCCAAAGAAAAAACCCGCUGAAGGAAUGGCUAAAAUGGCGGGAUGGGGCGCGGUGAAGGAUUCUCCACAUUAUGUAUAUAGUGAUUACUUGCAUGUAGUAUCAGUACCUUUUAUGUCUCGAGAAAAAUGUAAACAUAUUUUUUAUGAUUAUAUGAACAAUGGAACAUUCUGUGGGGGCAAGUUGAAUGCAAAGUCGUAUCCUGCCGUUGGCGAUUCAGGCAGUGCUCUCGUCUUCAAAAACCACAUCGAGAUCGGUCUUGUGUCUUAUAAGAUCAGUAGCACAUCAAAAAGCGUGAUCAUCUACACUGAUGUUCCAUAUUUCUACAACUGGAUCGCGGAGAACGCCAAAUCUGUAUUUUGUAAUAAUGAAUCUCAUUUACCUACUGAAUAUUAAUAAUAAAAAUUAAUCAAUAACCAUAGUCAUAACUCAUAAACAAGAUGAAGAAGAUUUUCAAGCGAAUUUUUACUCGUUCAUUGAAGAUCUAUAACAUUCUGAAGAGCUGAAAUAAAAGGAAUUUGUUUUUUCAUUUAAAAUUGGCUCAAAAAAGAAAACAUAAUUAAACUGAAAAGA